ACGGGCCCGCGGCCGGGCAUGGAGGUGGGCUAGCGCCUGUUUCUGAUCUGAAGCGGCGGAGCCGAGCGUCGCGCUCCCGCCGCAGCCUGUGCUUGGGCAGUGCCGGCGCAGCGGGCUCGUGCGGGAGUGCCGGGAACAACCGUCGCGGCCCGUGAGUCCCGGCGAGUGGGGGCAGGGCGGCGCGGGCCUGCCCUCCCUUGGAAGGGUCGCGGCGGCGGCGGCGGCGGGCCGGCUGUGUUUUCUGCUAGGGACCCGGUUCCUGCCGCCUCGUGUGAGCGCCUUUGCGUGUAGCACCUGUUUAGCUCCCUUGCGGCAGAAAGAGCUGUCCACACCGCCCCGCGGCCCUUUCUUGCGUGAGUCGGGGUUGUCGGCGUGGCCUCCGGCCGGCCCGGCGCUCUCCAGACGGGAUGGCGCGCGGACAGGGGCUCCGGGCCUGGUCCGCCCGCUCCGGCCUGCUGCUGGGCGGAAGAGCCCGGCGUGUGGAGCGGUUUGUUGCGGGGCGGAGCCGGGCAGCUGAUGGGCUGGACCGCCCACCGCCCGGCCUCAGCUUGCUGCGGACCCUGACAGCAUCAGAGCGUUGUCUGAGCUCAGCUCUGUCUUUAGUUUCAGAAAUGCGCUUUUGGGCCCUGAGUGUGCGUGAUUGUGAGCGCACCCCUGCCCUGGAGCAUCAGUAACCCAGCGCGCUCACGAAGAGGAACGCUUCUCUGUAGGCUGGUUACCCAGGUCUCUCCCAGGGGCCCCGCCAGGCUACAAACUGAGAGCUGGAUCAAAGUGGAGAAGCCGGGAGGCGAACCUGCACCCACAGGGGAUGCCGAUGCGGCUUCCUGUCAUCACUUGUCUGCAAUGCUGGGCCAGGCUGCCCUGAAGUGGUUGGGUAACAGCUAAUUGAACCUGCAUCAAGAGCUUCGCAUACCUUCUCAGCCAGGAAAGCUUCUGGGGAGGGCCUGGUUAAACCAGUGGCUUGAAUCCUGUCACCCAGGGAAGGCGUGUUGAGUGCAGAUGUCAGCAGGCUCAGGGCGGGUCUGUGACAACUUUGAUGUUUAUGCAAGCCACAGCGGAAGGGGAGCUGGGGUGGAGGAAAUGCCAGAGCAGCCUGCCAUUGCCCCUGUUCCCUUUUGAGUUUUCUAGCAGAGGACCAGAAAGUCGGUAAGAAGUAAGUGUUCAGCUUGGUAGCAGUAGGUCAUCGUGCACAGAGAGCAGUGGGUGAUGGCGGAGUCUCUCACUCACGCACACACGCAGCAAGGCGGGGGAAGGUUUCCAGGAGUAUUUGGUUGUGCAAGUUGUUCUUUAUGGGCUCCGUGUUUGCAGCAUCUGGCCUGGUGUCUGGGGAUCUGAAGGUUUCUUGAAUGUUUCCCUCAUUGCUAGAAACACUUCAAUAUCUGUACUUUGAAAACCCUGACGAGUGUCUCGCGGCAUUUCUUGUCAGAUUUGUGUAGCUUUUUGCUUUCUUCACAGCAUAGCUAUGUACUACUUUAUGAUGUUUAUUAUUAGCAAAAUGGCUUGUUGAUGUUUUCUGUGUGUCAAAGGUUAAGUUUUGCACUAUUUUCUGAGGUUAGUGAUUGCUGAGGUGGCCAGCAGGACAUGCUGGCAGUGGAGGCACUGUCUGAGGUCCAGGUCACGGUCACCAGACCAGACGACACCCGCUUUCCAUGCAGCGCAGGCUGGAGGGUGGCUCUUGGUUCACUCCAGCUGUCUUCCUCUUCCAGGGACAGAAUGAGCACGUGCUGCUGGUGCACGCCCGGUGGCUUAUCCACCGUCGACUUCCUGAAGCGCUAUGCUGCCAAGGCUCCGCCUGAUGACUUCCACACAGCUGAGGAAGACCUGUGCUACUGCUUGGAGUGUGUGGCCGAGUACCACAGGGCCAGGGACGAGCUGCCUUUCUUGCAUGAGGUUUUAUGGGAAUUAGAAACCUUACGUCUUAUAAACCAUUUUGAAAAAUCGAUGAAGGCAGAAAUUGGAGACAAUGAUGAAUUAUAUAUAGUGGACAACAAUGGCGAAGCUCAGCUGUUCGACUUCUCUGGCCAGGAUUUUGAAAACAAGCUUCGUGUUCCUCUUCUUGAGAUCCUGAAAUACCCUUACCUGCUUCUGCAUGAGCGUGUUAAUGAAUUGUGUGUUGAAGCACUUUGUCGCAUGGAACAGGCCAACUGCUCCUUUCAGGUUUUUGACAAACAUCCGGGGAUCUAUUUGUUUUUGGUUCAUCCCAAUGAAAUGGUUCGACGCUGGGCUAUCCUGACUGCAAGAAAUCUGGGAAAAGUGGACAGAGAUGAUUACUAUGACUUACAGGAGGUUUUAACUUGCCUUUUUAAAGUCAUUGAGUUGGGGCUUUUAGAAAGUCCCGACAUUUAUACUUCUUCUGUUCUUGAAAAGGGCAAACUGAUUCUUCUGCCUUCACACAUGUAUGAUACUACCAACUACAAAAACUACUGGCUAGGGAUUUGCAUGUUGCUGACCAUUCUUGAAGAGCAAGCCAUGGACUCACUGCUGUUGGGGUCAGACAAACAAAACGACUUUAUGCAAUCAAUACUUCACACCAUGGAAAGACAAUCAGAUGAUGACAGUCUGGAUCCUUUCUGGCCAGCACUGCACUGCUUCAUGGUGAUUCUGGAUCGCCUUGGGUCCAAGGUCUGGGGUCAACUUAUUGAUCCUAUUGAGGCCUUUCAGACCAUUAUCAACAAUGUGAGCUACAACAGAGAGAUCCAGAACAUUCGCAACAGUUCUGUAAGGACCAAGUUGGAACCGGAGUCAUAUUUGGAUGAUAUGGUGACUUGUAGCCAGAUUGUAUACAGUUACAAUCCUGAAAAGACAAAAAAGGAUGCAGGGUGGAGAUCAGCCAUUUGCCCAGAUUAUUGUCCUAACAUGUAUGAAGAAAUGGAAACAUUAGCCAAUGUGCUUCAGUCAGAUAUUGGUCAAGACAUGCGUGUUCAUAAUAGUACCUUCCUGUGGUUCAUCCCUUUUGUUCAAUCCCUCAUGGAUCUCAAAGAUUUGGGUGUGGCUUACAUCGUAGAGGUUAUCCACCAUCUGCACUCCGAAGUGAAAGAUGUCCUCAAUCAAACAGAUGCAGUGUGUGACAAAGUCACUGAAUUUUUUCUUUUAAUUUUGGUGUCAGUGAUUGAACUGCAUAAAAAUAAAAAAUGUUUGCAUUUGCUCUGGGUGAGCUCACAGCAAUGGGUAGAAGCGGUGGUCAAGUGCGCCAAGCUACCUACCACUGCGUUUGCACGGAGUUCUGAGAAGUCGUCUGGAGUGAAUGUGUUCUCAUCACCGUCUAACUCUGUCCAGCUUGCUUCUGUGCAUUUGAUUCUGAGUCUCCUUAAAGAAGGUUAUCAGCUUGGGCAGCAAACCCUUUGUAAACAAUACCAGGACAAGCUCAAUGGAUUCAUUCGUCAGAAAAAUUUAUCUCUAGGUUGUCAACUGACUAGUCAAGAAACACACGAAUUACAAACUUGUUUAAAACAAAUUAUUAGAAAUAUAAAAUUCAAAGUACCUCAGUGUAACACAUCUGUGGAUCCGACUCCUACCUGUAAAAUUCCUUCUAUUCCUUGUAAAGAAGAAAGUGAUCCCAUGGAGAAGAAAUUUAAGAAAGAGACACAUUGUGUAGAUAAUUCCGGCCCCACAUCUUCUAAAGAACCAAUGAAAGCUGACACACAUCACAUGCAGGAGAAUGUAUCGAUCCAAGCAAGUAGCACCGUGGAAGAUAAUGAGAAAGAUUAUAUGAAGGAUUUGAAAAAAGGAGAUGAUCUGUCAGUUCAGCUGUGCUUAAAGCAGAAUAGAAGUCAUUUCACUGAAAGAGCCCAUAAUCAGACCAAAAUAAGCACAGGAGGGCAGACGUCAGCAGACGAGACCUGUCCAUGCAAGCUGCAGAAGUGUAGUUCAAGAAACGGUUCUGACAGGGGGUGUGAUGCAGGGGUCAGAGCGUCCACGCCCUCUGUGACUGAGUCUGGCUCUCUGGGAAAAGUGUCCCCAUCACCGCUCAAGGGUGACGGUAAGAUCCCCAAGCCAAAGACAAAGGCACAGAAAGAUGAGAUCUGUGCAAAGUUGUCAGACGUCCUGAAGAAGCGGGCUCGGAGAGCGGCUUCCGGCCCUGGCGCCGACAGCGUCGAGAAGGUGGCUGCGUCUGACGCCAAGAGCUUACAUUCAGGGAAGGACGCAGCCGGUCAGAGCAGGGCCCGCUUUUGGCAAAAUCUGUCUUUAGUCUCCAGUGGUUUACUGGAUCGUGAAAAAAGAGAACUGGAAAAUGAAGAGCUAGACAGUUAUACUUCCCAUAGAAACAAGUGUAAAAAUCAGGAAAGCCCUGUUGAUAAGAAUCUGGGCUCCUGUGCAGAAUUGAGUCCUACCUCAAUGGAUAAAACAUCUCCCUUUAGAAAUUGUCUGAUUGUACAUGAAUCAAGAGACAAGGACAUGAACAAAUGUGCAGAUGUGCUUUUGCGUAACCUGGCAGAUCAGGUCCCUGGCUUCAGUCCUAAAUCAGACAUCUUAACAGAUUCUCAGGUAGACCGAGACCUCCACAAAUUGUCCUUAAUAGCUCAAGCUAGUGUUAUUAAAUUUCCAUCAGAUUCAACUCAGAGAAGCUCAUCCCCGCUACAGAGGAAAGUGAAAGAUGACAAAAGACAUUUUAAAGCCAGCCAGGAUAAUGUGGGGGACCGCGGUCAGAUUAUUGUGAUUUCAGAUUCUGAUGAUGAGGAAGAAGAAAGACUUCUGGAUUUUGAAAAACAGAAGAAACAGGACAAAAAAUGCGUCAAAGUCUGUCCAGAGCAGAGUGCUUCGGCAGUUUCUGUGGAAGAAAAGCCCCUAAAGGAGGAAAAGGUGAGGUCCAUCUUGGAGGCCGAGGGCAGUGAGUCUCAGUUGUUUGAGUUUGAAAGUGAAUCUGACAUAUACUCUGCUUGGCAAGAAAUGAAACCGGAAAAGACUCCAGUUGAAGAUGAAUCGUUUAGGGUGAUGCGCGCGUUCAGUGUCACACGAGCUUGGGACAUUGCAGACGGUGGUUCUAAAGUGUGCACCAGGAAGGGGGCCAAGGGCAUGGGAGGGCACACGGAGACGCAGAAAAGGGAUGUUUCUGGCGAGGAGUGUCGUGAAGUUGACGUCAAACCUAAGAGAAAACGACUUGAAAAGCCUGUGGCCAAAGAGCCUGUGAGGCCUUCAUCUUCUACCGGGAGUGAAGGGCAGGCUGAGGGAGGCAGGCACCACUCAGAAAACGACCUGGGGUGUGUGGAUGAGAGAGUGGUGACUCCUGACUCCAGUGCUGACAGAGCCACUGGCACUUUGCCCAGGAAACCUCCGUGCAAGCUUCGUACUUGCAGGAGAGGCCCACUUUCUAAAACCUCUAAGAAAAUGCCUUCAGAAGCCAGGCAAGGGCAGAGCAGGAGUCUCAGCUACCUGAGUUGUAGAGUAAUGCCUGCAGUAGUGCCGCCCAAGAAGCUUCGCCAGUGUCCUGCGCCAACUUCUACAGUUGAGAAGCUUGGUCUGAAAAAGGCACCUCGAAGGGCUUUUGAACUAUCCCAGAGAUCUUUAGAUUCUCUAGUUCAGUUACGUGACCAUGGCAAAACUGUUGGCGUAGUUGAAACACGGAAAAAGAGUAAAUUGAUCCCUCCUCAGACUCUGUCUGUGAAAAACAAUAAGAAGCUGCUGGCAUGUCAAGAUGCCUCUUUGCGUAGGCAGGCGAGGCCCAAAUCCCAGCAGAAGGUACAGGGAUUCUGUGGUGGUCACACUGGGGUCGUUCCAGGUGCCGAACCACACACAGCCCAGGCUGGUGAAGCAUCUGGGCCAGAAUGUGAUACGUCUGAUAAUGGAGAGCAGGUGGUGAAAUGCACCCCCUCUGAACCAGAAACCCUAAAAGCGAAUUCUGCUCCUCAGGUGGCUGAUGCUGCUGCUCUGUGGAACCAGUGUGAUUCUACAGUGGCAAAUGAGAGAGUCUCAGCAGCCGAAGUAGUUGCUUCUGCCUCGGAAGAGCCUUCGGGUGGAGCCGACCUGACAGCACGUGGGAUGGAGGUGGCAGGUUUGAAGGAGCAAGAGCCGGAGUGCGGCAGUGACGCUGACGACGAGACUUUAUUUUUAACCCAAAAUGAUCCUGAAGAUAUGGAUCUGUGUUCACAGAUGGAGACUUUCGAUGAUAAACUAAUUGAAGUAAUUCAUGGAGCCGCUGAUUCUGGAAGUGGGCUGCAGUUGGAGUCUGGGCACGGCCCAGUGAGCGAGCACCGAGCCUGUGCUGGGACCGUGAGCAGCCCUGGUGAGCACUGCGCAGGGCGCGCGGAGGCCGGGGCGGCCGAGGACGGCGUGUUCCGGAAGCCUGCCUUGCCUGCUGCUGCUGCUAAGCCUUUGAGACCUUCCACUAGAAAGAUUUUUACCUCAAGUAGCACUUCACGGAUUGCUAAUCUUUCAAAGUCACUGGAGAACACUUCUGCACUUCGGUCAUCUCUAAAAACUAAACCAAGUGGGCGACAGUCUGUUUCAAAAGAACCACAUGCAGGUUCCGCAGUCUCGUCAAAGCCGAUGGCUGAAAUCCAGAGUUGGUGCAAUGUUGGCCUUCCUCAGAUUCCGAAUAGUUCCAGCAGGCAACGUUACACACUUCCAUUUGGGGACAGCAGGUCUUUCUUCACUUCGUCUCCAGCAAACACUGUCUUUGCGUCACAGUCUAUCUCCGACACCUUUGUUAAAGAGAUCUUAAAGUGGAAAUAUGAAAUGUUUUUGAACUUUGAUCAGUGUGGUCCCCCAGCAAGUCUUUGUCAGUCCAUCUCAGUACCUGUGCCUGUCAAAUUUCAGGACUGUGAAGAGUAUUUCAAUGUCUUUUUGCCUUUGAUGAUACUGAAUACUUUUGAAACAGUGGCCCAGGAAUGGAGCAGCUCUCCAAACAAAGACAACUUCUACCAGUUACAUCUGCGGAAAUUUCCUGGUGAACAGAAAAAAUACAGGGAGUUUGUAGUUCAUCUAGAGGAAUGUGAACUGGCUAAACAGCUUCACCCAAAGGAGAAUGAUUUGGUGUUUUUGGUUCCUGAGCAACUAAAUGAAGAAACGGAAGAUGGAGAGAGAAAUUGUGUACAAGAUUUCCAGAAGUACCAUUGUGGUUAUGUUCAUAAAUUUCGUCGCACUUCAGUCAUGCGUAAUGGGAAGUCUGAGUGCUCCCUCUCCGUCCAGACUCAAGACGAUCUGCCAGGCAAAUCAAAUGAAAUUGUGAAAUUUAAAUGUGUUGUAAUCAGUUCUCUGGUGACUACACAGAGGAAGUUGAAGGCUAUGUCUCUGCUGAGUGGUCGGAACCAACUGGCCAGAGCCAUCCUGCGCCCAUGCUCCACGGACUUCUGUACACAGGAGUUACCAAGUAUGCCAUCGGAGAGAAUUAUUGCUUACUUACGGGAUUUCAAUGAAGAUCAAAAGAAGGCAAUAGAGACUGCGUACGCCAUGGUCAAACACUUGCCAUCAGUUGCCAAAAUCUGUUUGAUUCAUGGACCACCUGGAACAGGAAAGUCAAAAACGAUUGUCGGCCUUCUCUAUUGCUUACUGACAGAGAACCAGAGGAAAGGACACCCCGAUGAAAACUUCAACGCCAAGAUCAAACAGAACCGCGUCCUUGUGUGUGCGCCUUCUAAUGCAGCUGUUGAUGAGCUUAUGAAAAAAAUUAUCCUCGAAUUCAAGGAAAAAUGUAAAGACAAGAAGAAUCCUUUGGGAAACUGUGGAGAUAUAAAUUUAGUACGACUGGGUCCUGAAAAAUCUAUUAAUAAUGAAGUCCUAAAAUUCAGUUUGGACAGCCAGGUUAACCACAGGAUGAAGAAAGAGCUGCCUUCUCAUGUUCAGGAGAUGCACCGGAGAAAAGAUUGUCUCGACCGGCAGCUGGAUGAGCUUUCCCGCAAGCGCGCUCUGUGCCGAGGCGCGCGGGAGGCGCAGAGGCAAGAGUUAGAUGAAAAAAUUGCCAGAGUUUCAAAAGAAAGGCAGGAACUUGCUUCUAAAAUUAAAGAGGUCCAAGGACGGCCCCAGAAGACACAGAACAUCAUCAUCCUGGAGUCGCACAUCAUCUGCUGCACGCUGAGCACCAGCGGUGGGCUGCUGCUCGAGUCGGCCUUCCGCGGACAAGGGGGCGUCCCCUUCAGCUGUGUCGUUGUUGAUGAGGCCGGACAGUCUUGUGAGGUGGAGACGCUUACCCCACUGAUCCAUCGCUGCAAUAAGCUGAUCCUUGUCGGGGACCCGAAGCAGCUUCCUCCCACCGUCAUUUCCAUGAAAGCACAGGAGUAUGGCUAUGACCAGUCGAUGAUGGCUCGCUUUUAUAAACUGCUGGAAGAAUGCGUGGAGCAAAACGUGAUUAGCAGACUGCCCAUUUUACAGCUGACUGUCCAGUACCGAAUGCACCCGGACAUUUGCCUCUUCCCUUCUAAUUACAUUUACAACAGGAACUUGAAGACCAGCAGACUGACUGAGAGCAGCCGAUGUUCAUCAGACUGGCCGUUCCAGCCUUACCUCGUGUUUGAUGUUGGAGAUGGUUCCGAGAGACGGGACAAUGACUCAUAUGUGAACAUUCAAGAAAUAAAGUUGGUGAUGGAGAUAAUUAAGCUUAUUAAAGACAAAAGAAAGGAUGUUACUUUUCGGAACAUCGGCAUCAUAACCCACUACAAGGCUCAGAAGACGAUGAUACAGAAGGAUCUGGACCGAGAGUUUGAUAGAAAAGGACCAGCGGAAGUGGACACGGUGGACGCCUUCCAGGGGCGGCAGAAGGACUGCGUCAUCGUUACCUGUGUCCGGGCCAAUGCUCUGCAAGGCUCCAUUGGGUUCCUGGCAAGUUUGCAGCGAUUGAAUGUCACUAUCACGCGAGCCAAGUACAGCCUCUUUAUCCUUGGGCAUCUGAGGACCCUUAUGGAAAAUCCGCAUUGGAACCAGCUGAUUCAGGACGCCCAGAAGCGUGGUGCCAUUAUCAAGACCUGUGACAAAAACUACAGACAUGAUGCCAUGAAGAUCCUGAAACUCAAGCCUGUGCUCCAGAGAAGCCUGAGCCACCCGCUGGCCGCCGUGCCCGAGGCUGCCAGGCCCCAGGGCGGCCUGCCCAGCAGCGCGAUCGACGGCGGCCUGGCCAGGACAUCCUUUGCAUCCUCUCUGUACCACACGCUCUCCGACACCAAAGGAAACCCUGUGACUCCCGUGAUCCCUGAGAGGCUCCCAGGCCAGGAGCAGCUCCGGGACCCACGGCUGCUCAGGAGGAUGGCCACCGAGGCCAAGGGGGCUCUCCUACAGGAGCCUCAGCCAGUGAGCCCUCAGCAUCCUGGAUCCACACCCCCCUCAGGAGAGCCCGGCUUUCCUGUGGCGCGACAGGAUGCAGGCAGGGCUGUGCAGCAGGCCGCUGGCCGAGCAACUGUCCCGAGCACCCACAGACCGUACGGGCAGGGCGGGCCUCCGGGUGCUGGCCCUGAUGCUCUGACCAGCAGGAGAAGGUAUGAACUGGAAGAGGAGCUGUGCCCCCAGAGGGAGGCCAGGGCCUUCAGAGAGGAUGGGCACGAGAGGUACUACACCCGCAGGGCCUCUAGCUGGGACAGGCGGAGAUGGGAGAAGGAGGAGAGCGGCCCCAAAAGAAGAAGGCUAUAGUGGAGCCCGUGGCUGGACUGGACGCUACGGGCAUGACUGGGCGCUCCGGUGACAGCCUGUCGCGCCAUCCAGCCAGGUUCGCGUGUGUUGGGGCACAUGGAUCCUGCGUCCUGACACCUGAGCCUCUUGCUCACCUUCAGGGUUUUUGUUUGUUUAUUUGUCGGUUGGAGAGUUCUCAGAGGGCCCAUUUGGGUCGCGCUGUGUCCUUGAAGUUGCGGACUGAAUGUCAUUCUGUUAGAAGCUGAUGCCAUAGUGAGUGUUGCAAAGUUGAAAUGUAUAUUUGUACAGCAAAUAACGAAUACUUUGAAAGUUUA